AUGGAUUGGCUGAAAAAUACAACAAUUGUAGUGUUAUUCAGUCAUUCAACUGACAAAAGUAACAAACACAAGAAACGUCAAGUCCAGUGCAAUAUGCGAAAGAACACUUUAGAUAUGGUCACUAUAGGUAUCGCAUGCCUUGUGGGAGUCUACACGGGCACGAGAUUUUUCGAGCCCAUUGUUAUCGAUAGAUUGCGUAAGGAUGGAAACUUGAGAACGGACAUUCCCAUCCCAGAAUACGACGAGGACGGAAAUCUGUUAAAGGUCACGCCGUCUUUAUCAUCCACACCAGCUGCACCACCUACACCACCUACACCUCCUACUCCACCACAACAGUAA